CAGGUCUCGGGCCCUCAGGCGGAGCGGCGGGCGCCGGACCUCCAGAUGGAGCGACAGGUCUCGGGCCCUCAGGCGGAGCGGCGGGCGCCGGACCCCCAGGCGGAGCGACAGGCGGGGCGGCGGGCGCCGGAUCCCCAGGCGGAGCGGCGGGCGCUGGACCCCCAAGCGGAGCAACAGGUCUCGGGCCCCGAGGCGGAGCGGCGGGCACCGAGUCACCAGGCACGACAGUGGGCUCCGAGUCAACUGGUAUGACCGCAGGCACUGGGUCAGACAUUGUAUGGUCUGGCUGGACAGCGGGCAUCGGGUCACCAGGCAUCAGGUCAUUUGGCUCGACAGCGGGCACCGCGUCAUCUGGCAAGGCAGUGGGCUCCGAGUCAACUGGUAUGACCGCGGGCACUG